GACAGAAGAACUUGGACAACGACGAAUUUGCGACUAUUGAACUUCUUACAAGAAAUAUCACUGGGACUUGAUUGAUUGGGGUUUCACGACUACAAAAUUCACGAUUUUCAGCAUGGCGGAUUACGAAAGUAGACCAUUGCCAACUGGGGGACCGACUGCUGGAGGGGACGAGUUCGACGAUGAUCUCUUCAAUUAUGACGCCGACGAAAAUGAUCCAUUCUCUGAAAAUUAUGUUACGGAUGUUGCGAAAGAGAGAGCAAGGGCGGAAAAGGAGAAAGCUUCGAAGGCAGCUCUAGAUGAGGAAGUCAAGAUUACCAGGAAACCACAAGCACCACGAGUAAAGUUGGAUGAGGAUAGAUUACUGUCAGCAGCUGGCAUACCCAAGCUACGGAAUAAGGCCAAACAUCACCUUAAAUUCAAGGGCAAAGGACAUGAGUAUUCUGACACAGCAAGACUGCUUUCCUUCUAUCAAUUAUGGCUCGACGACCUCUUCCCCAAAGCCAGAUUCCUCGACGCAUUAGCAAUGGUAGAGAAAAUGGGCCACAAGAAACGAAUGCAGAUGAUGCGAAUGGAAUGGAUCAAUGAAGGAAAGCCCAGACCAGACAACGACGACUUAUUCGAUGAACCCACCUUACCACCAAGAGAAAAUGAAGGACGAGAGAAGACUGUACCUCUGGCUCCCAUAUUCGAGAAGAGAGCAAGUGAGAGACCGAGAACACCACAACCUGAUGCAGAUGUCGAUGCGGAGAUGGAUGAUCUUUAUGAUGCUACGCCGAAAGCUGCUAGAACACAAACACAACCUGGUUCUCUGUUUGGUGGGGCUGGGACAAGUAUAUUUGGUAAUGCUAAAACUGUGACUGAGGAUGAGCCUCUGGAGGAUGAUCUAGAUACGUUGUUGGCUGAGGAAGAGAUGCUACAAGCUACGUCGGGGAAUGCACAACCUGCUCUAGCUGCUAGUAAGGUAGCAGAAGUUGAGACUGCUAUUGAUGACGAUGAAGAGGCGGCUAUGGCUGAAAUGGAUAUGUGGUGAUGGGGAGGCCUACAGGGAAUCUGGUGUUUGGUGUCUUUUUUGCUUGGAACAUGCAUCAAAUGGCGUAAUUGGAUGCUGAAGCCUUACGUGGGCUAUGUUGAGUAGUCAAAUGAACAUAUGAUG